UGGGGCAAGGUAUCAGUGCCUGAGUGGAGAUAAGUGAGAAUGGGAGGAUACCAGGAGGUCCGGAGAAAGAUUAAAAGCGACACGGCGUUGAAGCAGCGACACACCAGCAAAGGCAACGAGAGAGGAAGGACACCAGAGUGACAACACUAGUGUGGGAGAAGAUAUAAAAAAAAAAAAACAUAGCAGUAGAAGACAAGUUGCAACAGUUAGAAGACGCUAUAACCAAAACCGGAGAAGAAAGACCAUCAAGAAGCAGAGAGACAACUGAGCUAGGACCAAAAGAGGAAAGAUUUUAAAAAUGCAAGCUUUCCUGCUUCUGGGCUGCGUCGUCUUUGCUACCUCAGAGUACAUCUUUGGCUCCGCCCACAUGUUGACCGACGACAGCCUGUCCACCAACAAGGUGACCAUGUUCAAGUCACUCUCUCGAAACAUCGACGCCGGCUUACAACCGCCAGUUGUCGUUGUAGAACUGGCAAAACCAGGAAGGAGGAAGAGAACAAAGAAGGUCCAAAAGAACAAGAUCGGCAAUAAGAGGCGCCCCACACCCCCUGCGGACUGCGUUCCCCUGUGGGGGAGCUGUAAAUCUGCGGGGAACGUUUGCUGCGACUUGUGCGCCUUGUGCCACUGUCGCAUCUUCAGAACCGUCUGUUACUGCCGGAUGGGCAACCCUCGCUGCUGAGCACACAAGGAGUCCACGCGGACGCGGGGGGAUGCGGACGGCUUCCUGGCCCAAGAGCUUGCCUGAACUUCACUGCAUGAAAGCACUUUAAGAGGCUGGACUGCAGCAGUCUGAUGAGGAGCGAUGAACAAUGAAGCAAUCAAUGACAUUGCAUGACUAUAAGAUACUUAUUUUCAUAUACGCCUCAUGCCCAGGGGCGCCGAAAAGGGGGGGUAAAGGAGUCGGAUUCUAGGGGCCCAUGAUGGAGGGGGGCCCAGAGAGGCCCCUAAUGAUGAUGAAAUUAUAAUACAGGGGGCCCUGUAAAGAUUCUUUUCAUGGGGCCCAAAAUCCCUAGCGGCGCCCCUGCUCAUGCCUAUAUGUAUCAUUUAUUUAAAAAAAUGAUGAAUAAAACAUAUGCAAUAUUAAACUGGAGUGCUGAUUAAAUGAAAUGUAGCGAGGAAUAGACAGCAGUCAAGAUUGUCGUUAUUAAAGGGGCUGUUUGCAUCCUUUAUGCCAAAACUAUGAUACGGGCUCCAUCUCGUGGUAUGCCAAAGAAUCACUUGAUUAAAGUACAGUGUUUUGUUUUCCCAUACUCAGCAUACUUGCCAACCCUCCCGACUUUUCCGUGA